AUGCCAAAAACGACGACUACUACAACAACUUCAGCGACUACGACCAGCACCACUACUACAACUAAAAAGACCACAACUACUACAAUCAGUACUACUACUACUACUACUACUACUAUAGCUACGACUAGUACAAUGUCGACAGUGAUCACUGAUACGCCAACUAUCUAUUGGAUUUCAGGAUCGAAAGGUUUACCUGGUGCUGAUGGUAUGUCAGGUGUUCCAGGUCUACCAGGCCCUGUUGGCGUACUGCAAGAUACAAGUGGUACAGGAACUGACGAAGCCCUUGAAAGACAUCGUGAAGAUGAUAUUCGUAAUAUGAUUCAACGUCAUUUACUUAUGCAUGUCUAUAAUCCAUCACAAUUUUUAAGAAGUCAAUCGUCAUUAGUUUCCUCUUCGCCUUACAUUCCCUAUGCUCAAUUGACACCAGGAGCACCGGGACCACCUGGUAUUGAUGGUUGUCAAGGUUUACCGGGCCCACAAGGCGGUAUGGGUGAAUAUGGUAUGCUUGGAGAUCGAGGUUUUCCUGGAUAUGUUGGUCGUCCAGGUUGUCCUGGGCCAGCUGGAAGAACAGGACGAAAAGGAAUGAUUGGAGAAGUUGGCAUGAAAGGUGAACAAGGAAUUCAAGGUGUUCGGGGAGAGAUUGGUUUCGUCGGUAUUCCUGGUGUUGCUGGAAGCAAAGGAAAUAUCGGUUCCACAGGAGAUCCAGGAAGAAAAGGAAAAAUGGGAUACCACGGAGAGAAAGGUCCUAAAGGACACAAAGGAGAUCAAGGACUACAAGGCAAAAUUGGUCUUCAAGGUGAAAUAGGUCUUCAAGGUGCGAAAGGAGACCAAGGAGCAAAAGGUGAACAAGGUUCAGUUGGUCCAGAUGGUAGAAAGGGGAGCACAGGUCAAAUAGGUGAAUAUGGCGAACAAGGCUCGAAAGGUUUACAAGGGCCACAAGGACCAAUAGGUCGAAUAGGUUAUCCAGGUGUACAUGGAAAUGCUGGUAUGCAAGGUCCCAUUGGUAUUGUGGGUAAUGUUGGUCCUAUUGGUAUCAAUGGUGAAUAUGGAAACAAAGGAAACAAAGGUGUUCAAGGUACUCAAGGAAUUCAAGGAGACAUUGGCAUUAUUGGUCUACAAGGAUACAAGGGAGAUAAAGGCGUUGUUGGAUUUAAGGGCGAAAAUGGUUUUCCAGGUGAUCGUGGUAAUAUUGGAUCAGAUGGAGAACCAGGAGUGAAGAGUUCUAAAGGAACCGAAGGUGAUACUGGAAAAGUUGGUUUCAAGGGAGUUACUGGAGAUCAAGGUGCUCAAGGUAAAAUAGGACCCACAGGUGAUCUUGGUGUUAAAGGUGACAAAGGAACUGAAGGAGACCAAGGAAUCGUAGGUCCGAUAGGUGACCGGGGUAUUAUUGGAAAACAAGGUCCAACCGGUGGAGUGGGAGAAAAAGGUGAUGAGGGUAAUAAAGGAGAUGAUGGCCAAAAAGGUGAGAAAGGCUUUGUUGGACCACAAGGAAUCGUUGGUGAAAAAGGUAUACAAGGCAUUGUGGGAAAUCAAGGUCCAAAAGGUCAUCGUGGUAUCAAAGGUGAAUUAGGAAUUAUAGGAGAAACUGGUACAAAAGGUAUUGACGGAUUAAUCGGAGUAACCGGUAUGAAAGGUGAACAAGGUGAUGUAGGCAUCCGUGGAAAUAAGGGAGACCAUGGUGACAAAGGUAUUCUUGGUGAUAAAGGUAUACAAGGUUUGCAAGGAAUAAUUGGCCCAAAAGGUGUCAAGGGUAUUGUUGGAGAUAUAGGAGAAAGAGGACCUAACGGUACAAUUGGUCCAAAAGGAAUAAAAGGAGAUAUAGGUGAUCAAGGCAUUGCUGGCGAUAUCGGACCAAUAGGGCCAACAGGUGAAAAAGGUUCAAAAGGAACAACGGGUGACGUUGGACCUCAAGGAGAAAUUGGUUUACUCGGUGAUAUUGGUGUAACAGGACCGCAAGGCGAUACGGGUGAUCAAGGUCCUCAAGGAAUCAUUGGAUUACAAGGCGACAUUGGAGAGAAAGGUUCCAAAGGUGAUGUUGGCACUACUGGAGCCGUAGGUGAUAUUGGUAUUAUUGGCAAUGUAGGUGACGACGGAAUGGAAGGCCAAAAGGGCAAUACUGGUGGAAAAGGUCAGAAAGGUCAGAAAGGUAUUGAUGGGCCCAUAGGUUCCACAGGUGACAAAGGUUUAGAAGGAGAUAUUGGCUCGAUUGGUGAAAAAGGAAUGCAAGGCAUAGUUGGACAACAAGGUAUACAGGGUAUUAAAGGAGAUACCGGAAUCAAAGGCAUUAAGGGAGCUAUAGGAAAAAAAGGUGAUACUGGAGCUCAAGGUCCAAUAGGCAACAAUGGAGAGCAGGGUAUCAAGGGUAUUCUUGGUUUACAAGGCAACGUAGGCCCAAAAGGGUUUGAAGGACCCAUUGGCCUACCGGGUCUUUCAGGAUCACGUGGUCUUGCUGGUCUUGUUGGUGAGAAAGGUUUUCGUGGUAGUCGUGGAAGCAGAGGUCCUAUUGGUCAUGCAGGUGAACCUGGUUUACCUGGUGAAGAAGGUCCAUCUGGAGAAACUGGAAUACCUGGCGAAAUAGGUGCAACUGGUAAUCCAGGUAACCCUGGACAACGUGGAGCUCGUGGGGACAUGGGAAAUCCUGGCCCACCAGGCCCUCAAGGUCUUUCAAGUGCACCACCUACAUCACUCAAUGUUGGUGCUUUAAUGAGUGUUUUUGCUACAAGUACUCAAUUUACAAAAUUAUUCGAUUUCUCAUCGGACCGUUAUAAAAAUAUUGAUUUUUCAACUCAAUCGAAUAAAUAUGACAAUUCAAAAGAAACUGCAACAAAAUUUCUUGAUGAUCUCAAACGCUUAUCAAACAAUAUUACAUUAAAAAUGAAACCCGAUGGAAGUCGAUCGCAUCCCGUUCGAAGUUGUCGAGAUAUUACUGAUUACUAUCCAAACAAGCCCAAUGGACUUUAUUUUAUUGAUCCAAAUGAAGGUUCAAAAAACGAUGCUGUACUUGUAUAUUGUAAACUUACUGAACGAUUGACAUGCGUCAAUGCUACUAAUGGAUUAAUUCAAUCACAUAUGUUUUCAAAAAAUAGACUUCAUUAUGGAAAAAAUAUUCGAUUACUGGGAGAUUUACAACAAUCUGAACUUAUUUACGAUAUGGAAACGAUUCAACUACGUUUUCUUCGAAUACUUUCCGAACAAGGGUCACAAACUGUAAUAUUCAAUUGUCAUGAUGGAAAUAUUGAUAUAUUAAAGCAUGAUGUCAAAUUACGAACUAAAAAUGGUAUGAUUUACCGAAUGCAUUCACUUAACGAUGAUUCAUUACGAUAUACUAUAAUUAAAGAUGACUGCAAAUAUUCUCAUGGUCAAACAAUACUAUCGAUAUCAACAAAUAAAUCUGUCCGUUUACCAAUUGUUGAUAUUGAAUUUCUAAAUAAUUUCAAAUACAAUGAAGACUUUCAUAUAAAUGUUGGACCAGUUUGUUUUUCGUAA